CUUUUAACCGUGUUAUGUGUAUAAGGUGUAAGUUAAUCGUGUGGAGUGAGCGUUAUAUAAGCUCUCACAGAUUGAGUAAAGUCAAUCGAUUCAAAUAUAUAGUAAAAAAAUCACUUUCACCUCUUUUUCACUUUCACACAGCUUUAAAAUGUAAAAUAUAAACAGUUUAAAUAAACAUAAAGCCUCUUUAAACAGCUGUCUAGCCGAAAUAACCAUUAAGAUGGAGUUUAAUAUCAAAUAAAUAACUAGCAUGACUAUAUUUCACCUCAGUUUAUUCUAAUUCUUUUCUAUUUUAGAACUUCUGUAAGGUUUCACCUGAUCAGAUUGUAUUUCCUGUUUGCAGGCUACAGAGAGUUUUGCACAUCUUGAACCCCAGACCGAUGCCAUCUCCGAUCAUGCCUGUGGAUGUGGCCAUGAGAAUCUGUCUGGCUCAUUCUCCACCCCUUCGCAGCUUCCUUGGUUCCUAUGAGCACUAUAAGUCCAGAAACUUGGUCAAGCCCUUCAAGCCACUGAGAUCAUGCAUCAGCUCCAAGACCAAGGUGGAGGCCACCAACCGAGGAUGGAAAAGCCCUAAAGGCAAAGCUAAGAAAAGAGUGAUUUUUGCUGACUCCAAAGGCAUGUCACUAACCGCGAUCCAUGUCUUCAAGGACUUUGAAGAAGAGUCCCUCUUACCUACAGACUUGCAGUUUGAGAUGUCCGACUUGGAGGAAGCAAUUGUGGGCCUGAAGGUGGAGAAGGAGAAUAGCUUUGUUUUGGACUUCCCUCAGCCUGCUGCAGACUACCUGGACUUUCGGAACCGUCUCAAGAAGAGCCUGGUAUGUUUGGAGAACUGUGUAAUCCAGGACAGAUCUCUCAUGGGCACUAUAAAAGUUUGUAACAUAAGCUUUGCGAAGGCUGUUCAUGUCCGGAUAACUUUUGAUUCAUGGAAAAGCUACGAGGACAUUCCUUGUGUGUAUAUGAACAAUGUUUAUGGGUGCGCAGACAUCGACACCUUUUCCUUCACCGUUGCUCUGCCGAGUUCUGUGCCGCACGAGGAUCAGGUGGAGUUCUGCAUCUCCUACAGCGCUAACGAGGAGACACACUGGGAUAAUAACGACGGGAAGAACUACAGAUUGGCUCAUGCAGAUAAUGACCACAACCAGACCAAACAUGUCACUCAGAAAACAGUGUAUGAAACCAGAAACACCAACAAAAAGCCUGAGAUGGAGUUUGAUCAGUUUGGGAGCCCAAGGACCUCUAGUGGUUUCUUUCCAGAGUGGCAGAGUUGGGGGAGAAUUGAAAAUUCCCCCUACUGGUGAGGGUACAUGCUGCCUCAAAAUGGUGACAAAAAAAAAGGCGUGUGUAGAAUCACUUCUUGGAGGAGGUGCUAGAAAUGCAGAAUUUACCUGAUGUAGAGUGAAAUUCUACUAGUAAAUAAAUUUAGGGGAAGAGUUUAAAUGACAAACUUAAAAAAUGAAAUGCUGAGCCUUUGACGCUGAUCAUAUUGGAUGUAUUUCCUGUUUAAACUGUCCAGUGUUCAGAAUUUUGGCAGAUUUGGAAGUGAAUUGAAUUGAAACGUUUAGUCAUUUUGAGUCAAAUGCUAACUACCUUUAACACUAUAAAACUGAAUGAAUGUAAUUUCUCCUAACCUUUCUGUGCACUAAAGAAUUCCCAAGGUUAGAAUUGUGAUGCAAUAAAUCCCUUAUUUGCGGCAGUGCUUUAGAAAAAAAAAUACAGACUUUUUUUUUUUUUUCCUUUUUCUUCUCCCACAAAUAAGAUGCACCUCUGAAACGUCAAUGUCGUGCAAUAGUUUGUGUCUAAUAGACUCGAUACGAGUUAUUCUGUUGAACUGAUGUCUGCAGCAUCGGGAGAAAGAAUUCGUCUUCCCCGCGGUCACUCUGAAACACCAUGCGUUCAGCCAGGGGGGAACAUCUGGCUGUUCUUCCAUUAUAAACCAAGAACUUUGCACUGUGUAAGAUGCCUUUAAACUAAAUAGCAUGAAAGUGGAAUCAUUUGGUACAAGCUGAAGGUGCUUCAUAUUGAAGUUUAUGUAUUUUGUAGUACCGCUGUAUUGGUCACCUUUCUUGCAGCAGAAGCAAUAAUCUAAAACGUGUAUGUUAUUAUGGGCACGCGUGUAAUAUACUGCUGAUCAUGAAGCAUUAUUAUCCAUGCACCUUUUCCUCCUUCUGUUCAGUUCGUACUGUAUAGCUCUUUAUUGCACACACUUGACUUUCUGCCAUGGUUCCUUUCUUCAUGUAUGCUGCUGUGAAUUGUGUUUUUUUUUUCUGCAUUAUUUCAUUUGUAUGUGAGAUGAAAAUAAGGGAUAUCGAAUGUUACCUGUUGCAAGUGUUGGUAAGUGUAGUACUCCAGAUCUAAAUGUGUGGAGUAUUUGAGAUGUGUUUCUCAUGUCUGCUUCCUGUCCUCCGUUUAAAGGAACAACAGUCUGAUCAAUGUGAACGAAUGAAUGUGAAUCAUUUUAAUGAAAAUGGCUGACGUGUGUUAGCUGCUGUGUAUUUUAGAGAUGGAAUAUGUAUGUUGAUUGUGUAAAAGGGCUGGACACUGGUGUUUGUCUGUUUUCUACUGCAAGGAAAGUUGUCUGUCUACUUAUUAUUUAAUUAUGUGUUCCUUUAAGAAUGAAAUUAAAUAAAUGCAAAGUUUCUACUGUG